AGCCUAUUCGGUUAGUUGACCUAACUAGCCUGGUUCAGCCCACGACAAGCUAUCCGACCGGAGGUAUGAAUGGCUAAGCUGGACCGCAAGACUUCACGGCGGAUAGACUGAGCUCCACCGACCACCGCCAACAUUCCUCUCUCAAGCUCCCACCAUGUCGCCGAGGAAGAGGCCCCUGGUGUCUCUGAACAGCCGGAGGAAAUCACUGGACGACUUCUUCCCCUUCAACUUUCUGCCGGUGGAGUGCCAGCUCCACAUCCUCUCCUUCCUGAAUGAGGUCGACAAGUGCAGCUGCGCCCUGGUUUGCUGCAGCUGGAGCUGCCUCGUCCGCUCCUGGAAGCUGUGGAGGGUGGCAGACUACUCCAGACGCGGGGUCUUCCAUCUAGGACAGGAGGGGCUGCUUGUGUCCAAUCGGGAAUUUGAGCGAUGGAGAGCCUGGGUUCACCACUACACGCACCAUCUCAUUUCCCGUCGUGCCAGCUUGCUCACCCUGAAGGCCAGCUUCGACCUGGGGGAUAGGUGCAACAAAUGGGCGGAGCUGCUGAGCCACCUGUUGGACAAUGUCCACUGCAGAGACCUCAGCCAACUGGACCUCAACUGGACUUUCACCCUCCUCGAGCCCCUGGACCUUAGAGUCCACUCAAGCUCCGGCUCCCACCAGGAGAGCAUUACUAGGAUGGACCAGGUGGAUAGUUUCCAAGAGCUGCUGACCAAGUUUACCCACAGCUGCCCUCGCAUCGCCAAGAUGAGACUACAUUUUGACUGGUCUGAUUUGUCCGUCUCGUUGCUUACCCAGUUCCAGCAUCUGCGUGUCCUUGAGCUCAAGUACUUCUGGGUUUUCAAGGGAGUUACUCCCUCAGCGCUGCAAACCCUAACCAAAUCACUACCCAACUUAAAGUCUCUCACUUUGCACAUCCUGGUGCCAUUGAGGAACCUGGGAAUCUCCUACACGCUGGAGUCGCUGUCCCUUGAAUUCCUGGACGUCUCAUCCAGCAGGGGCUUGGUCUUCUCAUGCUUGAAGCUGCCUGUGCUGCGUGAACUUCGGGCCAAGAAGAUUUUCCGUGGCAUCACACUGGACCGGAGGACUAGGCUAAGGAUUCAGAGCAGGUGGCCAUGUCUUUACCAUGUGCUGCGGGAAGGAACACCAAAGCUUCAGGCCCUCAAUAAUGAGAGACUGCUGCCCACAUGGAGGGAAGAGAGCUAUGGGGAGCUGUCUGCCAUCCUAGAACAGUCAUGUUACUGUGUCCAGCAUCUAGACACCUGGCUCUGGUAAUCUACUGCUUAGCCUUCGAUGCUCCAGUGAUGCUUUGAGGCUUCAGUUCACCACCGCACUUUUGUGACAAUUGUCAAAUAGACCAAUGGAUCUUAAUAGAUUUGCUUCAAUUUAUUUUGCCUCUGUGUUGUAGUAAAGGAUUGCAGUUUCUCACCUAAAGCAUUUUUCCCCCAAAUGAUAUUGUACAAGACAUUAGUGAUGAAACUAUGUUAAAAUAGUUCAGAGUUCUCCAUCAAGAGUAAUAUUAAAUAAAAAAAUAAAUGUUUUACUCUUAGGAUGGUGUCAUUUUGAGUGAGGACAUGCUUGUGAGGGGGUAUACCUCUAUAUUCCUGGGUAUGAUACAAGUUUUUUUUUUCAUCUGAGAUUUCUAGAGUUUCUGGAAUGAGCAACAGAUUGACAAGCACUGCUUCAAAGAUAGCUGAUCUCCCUCCUCCUAACUCACUAGAUAUCAUCACCACAGGAAUGACACUUUAAGCACUUGCACCCCCCCCCCCCCCCGACCAGAUCACUCAUUCCAACUUCACCUCGCCAUUUUCCUCUUCAGCUGGAGAUACAGGACCCUCAGGUGAAAGACCAUUCCCACUGUGGUCUACACAAAGGACAAAUGACCAUAUUGACUUGGUCCUGUGUCAUUGCCUACCUGAAUAUAUUUUGCAUUUUAUGGUUUAUAAUGUGGGUGUAUGUGUGCAGCCAUGCAUUUUUGUGCUCUAUUUGAGUAUCAUGCAGUGUUUAUUUAAUCUUUGUAUAUGUUCUGUCUUGCGUCCUGUGUAACAUGAACCAGCCAUGGAUUUUCUUUUUCGCUGAAGACAGUAAACUAUCAAUUCAGGCUUCAAAGGUCUUUUGUCCUUCAUGGUGAGACAUUAUUUCCUAAUCAAAACACAUACAUACUCCACACAGGCUGGUUUGUGAGCGAUAGUGGGAAGGAGGGUCUGGUAAUAAGGCUGGUGAAAUCACUCGACGUCACCUUUUCUGUGACAAAAUUUCAUACUUUUUUUCAUAUUAUGAAAGGGUAGACCUUUUCAUGUUUUGGGUUUGAAUAUAGUCGGGCGAUAUUUCUACUCCAAGGAGAGCAUUUACCAGGGAAUUUGUUAGACGUGUGUGUAAAUAGUUUGUUUCAUUCCAUGACAGUUGAAAAGUUGUAUAGAAGAUAUAUUACAAUUUUUGAUAUCUCCUCUCUGAUGCAGUGAGUAAGCAUUUCAUCGCCACUGUGGAAGUUUUUCAUGAGGGUGUUUUUUUUAAGGUAGUUUUGCUUCACAUGACACUGGUGGUAAUUAUAACCCGAUAACUUGAAUAUUCGAUUUAUAAGGUGACUAGCUACUAAGUGUUGUAAGGUAUCCUUACUAAGAUUUCUAGUUCUUCAUUUGAAUUGAAAGUUUCCAUGUUAAAUUAUAUGGUAUUUUGAAAAGUGACCAAAGGCCCUCCCAACUAAAAUGCAAUUUUUUUGUUUUUUUUUAUUUCAAAUAAUUAUUUCAAAUCAUUAUUGUUGGAAGAUUGCUUGUCCUCAAAUUUUGUCAAGUUUUCAUGUUAUC